GCUUCUUCCUGUCUUAUCCGCUCCAGGAUCAAGAUAGAUUUAUAUUGCACUUCUUGCCCACGUAUAAUCCAGACAUUUCACAUAGAUCCAACAAAGCUUCCGUACGAACAAGAUGUCCCUCGGACGUACCUUCAAGCUCAACUCCGGCUACGAAAUCCCCGCCGUUGGCCUGGGUACCUGGCUGUCCAAACCUCAUGAGGUCGAAGACGCAGUCGAAGUGGCUCUGCGAACAGGAUAUCGUCAUAUCGACGGUGCCCCUGUCUACCGGAAUGAGAACGAGGUCGGGAGGGGCUGGAGGAAAUCGGGCGUGCCUCGAGAGCAGAUCUUCGAACAGUUGACUAGCAAGCUCUGGAACACGCACCACCGCCCCGAGCAUGUGGAGGAGCAACUCGACAAGACCCUGAAAGACCUCCAGACCGAUUAUCUGGAUCUAUACUUGAUCCAUUGGCCAGUGGCUUUCGAGUAUGCCGGGGAACAGCUGAAGCCUGUUGAUCCGGUCACCAAGCGUUUCAAGUUGGCCAAAGUCCCUAUCGGCGAUACCUGGAAGGCCAUGGAGAAGCUUGUCAAGUCAGGCAAGGUCCGUAGUAUCGGAGUGAGCAACUUCACCCAGGAACAUCUCGACGAGCUCCUCCAGACCGCGGAGAUCCCGCCAGCUGCCAACCAGAUCGAGGCGCAUCCCUAUCUGCUCCAGCCCGAGUUGAUUCAGUAUCUCAAGGACAAGGAUAUCCUACCUAUCGCAUACAGUCCUCUUGGCAACAACCUUGCCGGCCUUCCGCGUGUCAUCGACGACCCUUUCAUCAAACAGCUAGCCAGCUCGCUGAACCAAGACCCCGCCACAUUGUUGAUCUCUUGGGCCGUGCAACGUGGUACUGCCGUGCUAUCCAAGAGCGUGACACCAUCUCGGAUUGAGAGCAAUUUUCAGGAUGUCAUCCUUCCCGAGCACAUCUUCGAAACUCUAAACAGGCUGGAUCGCCAUUUGCGGUACGGAUUUCCGUUCCAGUGGGGCCUGGACGUCUUCAAGGAGGUGGGCGCAGAGGAGACCGAGAGGCGAGCGGAGGAGUUUGCCGCGAAACAACGACAGCAGUCAUAAGCUCCCCCCCUCGGUUUGGUUUCGGGAGGUCUGUGAUAUAUAUAGCGCCACUGACAGUAACCCCCUAUGAUGGCAUAUACUUCUCGAGAGAAAAGUCUACGUGUAACGACCCAACUCACUCUUGUCAGCAACACAUGAGUUGUCUCCAGGAUAGAUAGUGGGUUAGACGUGCAUGAAAAUGCACCCAUGCAUGCAAAUGCAAGCGG